AUGUCUCGUGCAAGUUUCCUCGAACUUUUACGAGAAUCAAUUAAUGACAAACAAAAACUAAUGAUAAUGUCAAAUCAUGCACAAUCACAUUUACGUUUAUAUCAGUUUAAGACACGAGCAGGCGAUGAUAAUCUUGAUGAAAAAGCUAGUCUUGAAAUGAAGAAAAAAUAUUCACAAACAUUAAAUGAAAUUGAAAUUAUCGACAAGUUAAUAAAAUAUAUCAAUGAAACAGAUUUGAUUAAAUUUUCAAAAGAUAAUUCCAAUUUAGUUGAUCCAAGUGCAGCUGAUAUUAAUGCUAAACAUACGGAUGAAACAAGUGAUAAAGUAAUAUCAUCAGUUAUAAAUGUAAUAUCAUCAAUAAUAAAUGAAGCAACAAUUCUAUCAUUCGAUGAUAUGGUUCAAUUGGCUAGUAUUCAUCCACCUAAACAUAUGAUUGAUGAUGAAUCAAAAAAAGAAAGUGAAGCUUGUGCUAUUUUUCAUCUUCAUAUAACUGCACCAUUUACAUCAACAUCAACAUUUAUUGCAUAUCAUCAAACAGCUACACAAUCAAUAUCAACAUCUCCUUCAAAAAAUGAAUUUUAUAUAAAACAACGUUAUUUUGAACGAAUUGAAACUCUUGUUUAUGGAACAGCUCUUCGUCAAAAUCGUGUUGGUGAUGUAAUUACUGAUAUAACAAGAUCAUUAGAUAAUUUUUCAUCAAAAUCAUCUGUUUUAAUGAAUAAUACUUCUGAUACAAAUCUGAAUGAUAUGAAACAAAUUGAAAUUUACAUAGCUAAACUUCGUGUUUUAUUAAAUGAUAUUGAAUUAAUCUCCUAUAAUAUUGAACAAUUAAAACAAAGUGAUUCUGACGAUGAAAAAAAAUCUAUUGUAUUAAUAAAUAAGCAAUGGAAAGAUUUACUUAAACAAACAGGGUGUGGAUUAUUUAAAUGUCUUCGUACAGUCUCCUUAUUUGAAGAACAACCUUUUGAACAUGCAUUUUUUCAUCGAAUUGAGAAACCAUUUUCAGGGUAUUGCAUGUGGAUGUGA